AUGACUCGCAAGGUCCUCGCGCUCGUGCCAUCGGCGCUGCCGUCAAGCGCUGACCUACAGCGCUUCCAUCCAGACGCAGCCGAUACUCCACUCUUGUCGAUCGUGCUCUGGACCUCUCUCUCUACCGGUUUGGUGACACGCACGCGGCAAUUCGCUUUGGACAAGGACAAGCGGAACCUACUGGAGCUCCAGCGCGUACGGCCCGUGGACGGCGCGCGCAGCUGGUUCGUGGGCAACGCCGUGCUGCAGGACGGCGGAGUAACUGUCUUUUCGCCUGUGGACGCACUUUUCGUACUGCUGGAUGCUGCGUGGCCUCAGCGUGCGAGGUUUUCGUCCGUGUAUGACCUGCUGGCGACAGCGGGCAACACGUGGUUGCUGCAGCUCUCAACGCUGCGUGAAUUGAUCGAGUGCAUUUGUGACGUGCAGGACAUCGAAGGCGACGAUGGGGUGGAAAACCUCUUUGUGAAGAUUGAGGAGAACAAGGUGAUGCCGUGGCUGCGGACGAAAGUGGAGAGAGUGGCCAAGGUGCUGCUGAAACAGGAGCAAGACAGCGCAGCGAAAGCUGCGACGACUGCAGCGUUUAACGAGCAGGUGAAUAUACUAAGUCACCGUGUUUUGGACGAGACGAUGCAAGAAGAGACGAUACAGGACGAGGGUGGAGACGUUGCUCGACACCAUCGACAUGCGAUUGAUGUGGUGGGCAACUACCUCGCGGAUGAAUGGAUUGACGUGCUCUGCAGCGAAUUCGGGGUAGAGAAGGAGAAAGAGGUCAAGACUGUUGCAAAGGCUGAAGCUGGACCGAUUGACACAUUCCAGCGGUUCGAUCGACGUCGGGUACCAGAGAACGGAGCGAAGCGGCCAACAUCGAUCGGUGCUGCCAGUGUCAAGAAGAAAAGCAAGCUGGAUAACGUGGAUCGCUCUGGGAUGAAAUCGCUCAUGUCAUUCUUUGGCAAAAAGUAG